AUGAACUCCGGUACUGGCGAUGACUCUUGCCAGCUGCUAGGACCUAUUUCGCUUCUUAUUCAAACGCUGAUGGGUGUCGCGGCGAUCAGCGGACUGCUGUUGAAACGGCGUUACGAAGUGCCCAAAAGGAGAUGGAGGGUUUGGUUCUUUGACAUCUCCAAACAGGUUUUUGGAUCGCUCAUAAUCCACUUCCUGAAUCUAGGAAUAAGUAUACUGAAACAGAGAAAAGCGCACUUUCUGAUGGUCCUCGACGACGACCCUGGCGGCGACCAGUGCGAUUGGUACUUUUUGAAUCUGCUAAUGGACACCACUGUUGGAACCCUGGUGCUCUGGUUUGUUCUAGGGCUUCUCGAAGAAGGUCUGCGAAGGCUCGGUGUUCAAAACAUAGAGAGCGGCAACUAUUACCCUUCGCGAGACUCAUCUCGCGAGACUGAAGAAGGUCCACCAAUCCGCAACGAGCCUCUUUUCAGCGCGUUCGGGAAGCAACUACUAAUAUUUGUGUGCGGCCUGUCAAUAAUGAAGUUCUGCGUUUUCCUGAUUCUCACAUACUUCGAAGUUGUGGCAACAUGGUUUGCUGAGCUCGUUCUGGGAUGGUCUGAUAACUGGCCAAACUUCCAGGUUUUCCUAGUAAUGUUUGUUUUCCCUAUUCUUUUGAAUUUCUUCCAGUGUUUCUGCAUUGACAACAUCAUAAAGCUUCACCCAAGAAACUUAUCGACUAGCGAGCUCGAGAAUUUCGAGGAGGGCCCGAUUCUAUACAGCCCAGGCCUUCAAAACGCAUCCCACACCAAGGCUAUGUAUGGAUCAACAUAG